AUGUACAGUGUGGAAUCUGAGCAAAUGAUAAACUGUUCAACAGAAAAGCAACCCUCAAGAAGUUACAAUUUACUAAAUACUACUACUCACACUACUACUGCUACUACUACUACUACUACUACUACUACUACUACUACUACUACUACUACUACUACUACUACCACUACUACUACUACUACUACUACUACUACUACUACUACUACUACUACUACUACUACUCACACUACUACUACUACUACUACUACUACCACUACCACUACUACUACUACCACUACUACUACUACUACUACUACUACUACUACCACUACUACUACUACUACUACUACUACUACUACUACUACUACUACUACUACCACUCACACUACUACUACCACCACUACUACUACUACUACUACUACUACCACUACCACCACUACUACCACUGCUACUACUACUAAUCAGAUUAAUGUUGAUGUUUCCCUGUCAUUCCUUAUCGGUAUUCAAUCUAUCUGUUCAUGA